CCGCAUGUGUGUGUUAUUCCAGAUGAUCGUGACGCAGGAGUUUCUCAUCAAGCUAAUGGAUCUGAUGUGAUCUGAUCCAAACUCUCGCAGAAGAUCCGAUCACUAACAGAUCUGAACGCGCGCGCGCGCGUGUGUGUGUGUGUGUGUGUGUGUGUGUGUGUGUGUGUGUGUGUGUGUGUGUGUGUGUGUGUGUGUGUGUGUGUGUGUGUGUGUGUGUGUGUGUGCGCCGUUUCGCGUUAUUGCGGCUGGAAACAAACAUUUGCUCAAAUCGAGUGAACGCGUGUUUUUCAGACAUGAUGUAGAAACAUCCGGUCCGCAGGUGAGACAUCUGAUGCUGCACGCGACAGUCCAACACGAGCCGAUCUGUGCUGGACCUGCGAGGAAGAUCAUGAGGAUGGUGGUGGAGUGAAGAAGAUGGUGGAAUGAUCUAUGGACUAUUGUGAUGAAGAUGAUGUUUAUGCUCUGUGUUGUGAUGAAGAUAAUGGUGAAAUGAUCUUCUGUUUGUGAAUAUGAUCUCUGGGCUGUGAGGAAGAUGAUGUUUAUGGUGUCUGGAGCGGUUCUGGUGCUGGCCAUCGUGUGCAUGUCCGACAUGAACGCACUUCUGGACCGAUUUCACAACUUCAUCUUACCGCGCAUGCGCGGACCCGAGCGCGUGUGUCACUGCACCUGCGGCAGACAUCAUGUGGAAUAUGUGAUCCCAUACGAGGGCUCCGUCUCAAGUGACUACAUCAGUUCCUCUGCUGGUUCCAGUGUGAGUAAACAGGAACUAGAUCUGGUUCUGGGUCUGCUGAUGGGAUUCUGUAUCAGCUGGUUUCUGCUGUGGCUGGACGGGGCACUUCAUUGCGCUCUGAGGUUCUGGAGAUCCAGCAGACAUAACAGUGCAGAUGGCGAGUUGUGGCGCUCGUGGCGUUGGGUCUCUCGUGUGUGUAAUAUCAGAGAGCUGUGCAAACGUCUGCAAACGCGCCGGAUGGAAGAUUCUGGGAAUAAUGUGAUCCACGUCAAACAGAAGCUUUACCACAACGGUCACCCGAGUCCACGGCGACUCUGACACACUUACAGAUCUGGUUCUAAACAGAACAGAUGAGCCACGGACUUCAUUUCCAGCAAGUUUUUACUGUCUGUAGUUUGAAAUCGGACAUUGCUCUUUUCCGCUGGAUUCUCUUUGACGAUUCUGUGUUUUGCUUGCUGUGUUUUUUCACAGGUUUUGUGUUAGUUUUGUAGGGUCUACACCACAGGGGUAUUUGCAUUUUUUAGAUAAAUAUUUGUGUAUCAGGUAACAGUGUCAACAAUUUUAAAAACAAAGCAUGCUGGUAAUCUUUAGUAAGAAGAGAUAGUUUGAGGUCAGAUGUAUUUUUGGGGAUUUUGAUGUUAAGAUGAUGUUUUAAAAUCUUUCAUGAUGUUUGAAGACUAGAGAUCUUCAUUCUCCGAGUCUAUGUUUGUGUUACAUUAAAGUGACUCAUUUGAUAGAGAGACAAUCAGUUUCAUUUUAAUCAUAAAACAUUUGUACUUUUAAGGCCAGAAACACUACGCAAGUUCUCAAAUGUGAAUGUUUGGUCAGUGUUGAUAUACAUACUUGUGUGACUGUGACGGUAACAAACCUCAGUCCUCAAAUGCCAUUAAACAAGAUGAUAUUAUUCAGGUAGCUACUAUAAACAUGUAAACAGUUUACAAAUUUUAACAAACUUGCUCAGAAAGAUUAUUUUCCAGAAGAUGACAGUUUUUGCUAGUGUCUUCUAUCCACAGUUUUCCUGAGCAUCCACUGGGAGGCGCCAUGAUGAGUCUGAUUGCCUGUUUUGUGUUUCUGGUCUUGAGACGCAAUGUAAACUAACCGAAACAUGUGAUCCAGGAGAAACAUUUAAGUGUUAUUUGGAGUAAAAAUGAAUUUCAUGCUCAACUUGUGCAGAUUUUGACUGUCAUAACUCAAAAUAGGUAAUGAUAUCGUCGUAACUCCCUCGUACCAUCGCUUCAUGUUGUCCUGUACAUACUCGGGCAAGGCACUGUAAAAACAGGCGAAUCGUGGAACACGAUUCAGGAUCGCGUUCAGGAUAAAGGUGGAUAGCGCUCCUUGUGGGAACUUCUGAGAAUGAAAUAUGUUUAGUCACAUUGCAAAAUGCCAUGUGAAAUCGAGCUUGUUCUUGGGUGGAAUAUCGUAC